UCAUCCCCUCCGCCUGUUGUAGUUGCUGCUUCAUCAACAUCGCUCUCCAUCACGCGCUGGCAUUAGCUGAUGGGGCUGGCAAUCCGACAGUCUUGCAGUCUGAAUCCACACCACGCACUUCUCUAACCAUAGCGAUCCGGUAUUGCUUCUUCCACUGGCGAUGAAAUGACCAGCGACCCUCUCCGCCCGGGUCUCCAUCCGCUGUCGCAACUCAAGGCUGGCCCAACUACCUCCAGCUCCAAGUCGACGGCGUUGUCGGCUUCUUCAAUCCCACCGCUGCCCGCAUCACCAAGACCUAGUCGACCCCAAUUGUCCAAGACACCUACUCGGGAUGAUACUGCUAGUGCGACAAGCGACAAGGCAACUGUCGCUCUGAUCAGACGCGUCCUGUGUCCGCAGCCGGGCAACCAUGGCAGUGCUUCCACGCCCCCACCUCUGGAAGAGCUGUUGCCUCCCUUGACAAGCUCAAACGAACUAGAUCGUCAACUCUACGCUCUGUUAGCAAUUGUAGUGAAGGAAUUUGUCCUUUCUUGGUACUCGAAAAUCACAGCGGAUCAGGUUUUCAUCAAUGAACUCAUUCAGGUCAUUGCGCACUGUACCCGCGCUCUUGAGCAAUGGAUACGUGAAACCGAUGUUGCGCAGUUGGUGCUCGAUGAGAUUCCAGCUCUGAUAGAGACGCAUAUUAGUUCGUACAGGCUAGCCAAACGACAGUCUGAACUCAGCGAGCUAUCGCCGACGCUACGCGAGAUCUACCAUUCUUUGAACCCUCACCCAGGUCUUUCUCCCGUGCGGAGCCCGUCAAACGCCCAGAGCAUCGCGCAACAAGAAGAGGUCGAAUCCAUAUACAGGCAGUUGCUGGUGCAAGGGACGCUUGCGAUCCUCCUUCCAACGGAAGACCUUGAGAAUGUUUGUUUACGGACCAUAUUAGGCGAUAUCAUGGCAGAUCUUAUCCUAGGCAAUGCAGUGGCUGGAAAAAUUAGUGACGGAUGCUUCAUUCUGGAAAGUCUCACAAAAGUGGUUGAUAAUGCUGGGCGCGAAAGUCGCCAGGAGGAUGCAAUCACAGCUCAGUCCCGCCAGCGUUCCCGAUUGCACGAAUAUGGCUUAAUUUCGUCGCGAGAGGAGCUAUUGAAAGGCUCGUCACACCCACCGACCUCAGUACCAGUCCCGGACUGGACGUGGCAGAUUCUGCAAUUUGGGUAUCUCGCGUAUGUGACCCUACGCUUCAUUGUAGUAGGUUUAUUUCGCGUUUCAUCAACGAAUCUGGCGACCUCCUCUCGGACUUCCACUUCACCAACCAGCAAAGCGAGCGAGACACAUAGCAUGUGCACGAGCUCGACGAGGCGACCUGUGCUCAAGUAUCGGCUCUACAGUAUGCUCGCUCAACUCCUGGAUAUACCUCGGCGGAUGCCAUGGCUUGGGGGAUUCCUCGCCCUGCUUCAGCACUUGAUCCUGGCGGGUCCAGGUAAAUUGGGUGACACAGAUAGUGUUCUUGACAGGUAAGUUGCCUUUUUUUUUUCUUGAGUAUCCCCUCCGGUCCUUUCCCCUCUUUCGCCAAGCACUUUUCAAGUCCUCCGAAAUCGACACUGCGAAUGGUAGCGUUACCUUGAACCUGUGGAGAAGCGG